CGUGUGACGGAGAGCUCUUUGUGCUGCGGACGCUCUCUACAUCUUUCUGGCUACCUCUCAUUAUCACUAACAUCCCCUCGCCACACACACACACACACACACACACACACACACACACACACACACACACACACACACACACACACACGCACACACACACACACACACACAUUCCCUCGAUGUGAGGACAGAGAGUAACGUUGCUGGGACUUGCUGCCUCGUUGUGAGGAUUCAAAGCUUCCUGGUGGGAUUAUAUCUGAUGUAUUGGACUGACUCAGUUUCACUGGGAAAAUAGAACAUGUCUGGAAGUCUGGAGACGAAGUGAACAGAAAAAAAGGGAACACAAGAAAGGAAAAAGUGAGGAAAAAGAAGAGAGAAAAAGGAUAAACUACUUUUUGUGAGGUCUUGUGUGUCAGCAAAGAUGGAGAACACAUGAGAGAGAGAAAGAAAAAAAGAGAAGGAUUAGAGAGGGAUCGCAGAGGAGGUGAAAAGGAAAAGACAAACCGUGCAGCCCAGUAAAGUUUGAGCUUCAUUCUAAAGACGAUUUUUAAACCCAGAAGAUCUGGUCCAGAACCAGGAGGAGUUCUGACUGAAGACUACGUUCAGAAGGAGGUGAACAAGAGGCUCUCUGUCGUAGCUCCAGGUCAAACGCCAGCAAUGGCCCCUCACAUCAGAGCCCCCCUCGUGGCCAUCAGCAACCCCCGCUGGCUCCUCCUCCUCCUCCCUGUCAACGCCCUGCUCCUCCUCCUCCUCAUCCCCCUGGACCCCGCCCUGGCUCAGGACCUCCCAGUCGUGACCACCCCCGUCAGCGACGACAACAAUGGCGAGCUGCUUUCGCCGCCGUCGCCCACCAAUCAGAUGCCGGCGCCCAGCGUCUUCGCGGUGGGGAGCGACGCCCCCUCGCCGGAGACGGGCCUCUCCACGCCUGCCAGCGGUGGCGACGGGGACGACGAGGACCUCCCGCCGUCCGGCGGCACCCGUUGCCAGGGUUACUACGACGUGAUGGGCCAGUGGGACCCGCCCUUCAACUGCAACGCGGGCGUCUUCCUGUACUGCUGCGGGACGUGCUUCUACCGCUUCUGCUGCCAAUUCCGCCAGCAGCGGCUGGACCAGAGCAUCUGCUCCAACUACGACACGCCCAUCUGGGCCAACACCGGCAAACCGGUGGCCGCCGUGACCGAGGGCCAGGGCGGCCAGGACAGCGACCGCACCCACCUCAUCGUGUACAUCAUCUGCGGCGUGGUGGCCGUCAUGGUGCUGGUGGGCAUCUUCACCAAGCUGGGCCUGGAGAAGAGCCGGGGGGCCGGGGGGGGCGCAGGCGGAGCAGCAGGAGGAGCAGGAGGGAUGGGGUACGCCCACCAUGACCUAAGCAACACCAGGACCCUGACGGAGCUGCUGCAGCAGCCCGGGGGCGAGGUGCCGUCGGCGGGCAGCGCGGCGGGCGGCUCCCCCACCGGCCGGAGGGCCAACGGAGCCUCCAAGAUGCUGCGCAGCCGCAGCGAGCAGUACCAUCUGAACAACUCGGCCUAUGGUCCAUUUGGCCCAGCUCUUCCCCACCCCCACAGUAACCACAGUCUGGCACGACUUAACAAAUACACCUCACUGAAGGCCGUGGCGGACACGGCGGCGGGCCACUACUACAGGAGCUACCCGCUGAUGGACUUCUCUCAGUACCAAGCUUCAGCCGCGGCCCCCGACCCGCUACUGCGCAACACAGAGAAGUCCUUUCUCCACCCGGCUCCGCACGGCCAGCACCCCCCCCACACCCCGCUCUCCAUCUCCAUCCCCCCUGAUCAACUGGAGCACGCCCACCUGCCCAAGGCCACCUCCCACCCCGCCUCCAUCUCCAGUUCGGCUUUCAGAGCCUGGGAGCCGCACAGCCGGCAGGUCCAGAGGCAGGCGUCUGCGCCUGGCCGUGCCUCCAUCCCCUGCAGUGGGGUGUACCCCUCCUCCCGCAGGCAGGCCUACUCCACCAGGAGGCAGCAGAGCAUAGAGAACCUGCCCGAUCUGUUCACCCAGCCCUACGCCGGGGCCUACCGCGGGGGCAUGGUGGGGGGCCACGCUCAGCAGCAGGAGUACCAGGGGUCUGCUCAGCCCCCUUACUACCACCCCCACCACACCCGGCACAAGAGCUGCUCCACCCAUAGCAAGACGGAGGUGACUGUGUGAGGGGAGGAGGCUGGCACCACAGGGGGGCCGUCGCCGGAGGGCUAGCCCCUACAGGGAUGAUGAAAGAGAGUUGAUGGACGGAGAACCUCAAUGUUGAGGUACUGAAGCUAAAGGUAGCUGGCUAGUAGAGGACAGAAGGCACAGAAUGAGAGAUUAAAGGUUGGGUAUGGAAUUCUCUUUUUUGGCCAUUUUUGCAAAAUCACUUGAAAUCUUUAUCCUAACCCACUUACAGCCACUGAGUUAGAAGUACUGACGUGACAAUUAAACAAGUCAAUCAUCUGUGGAACGGGCAGGGCUCGAAAAACUCCAGCCAAUGAUUUCCAGACCCACCGAGUUGCAUUUGGCAGUAAGUACGUCAAUCAAACGGUCGUACUGCACUCCCCCUCCCCCGCUCCCCGCGCGUGACCCCUUCGUGCACGUACUCAAAGCUUGUGACCCAGAGCAAGCUUCUGUUUGUUGUUAUCCUGCGGUAGCUACUGGAGCUAGCUAACUAGCUAAUGGCUUGCUCUCGCGCAUCUGUGUUCGCUCGCGCGUCCAUGUACUUGGAAUGGGUGGAGUCAGAGUCAGUGUUGAAGGAGAGGGGGUAGGACUAUUUGAGUUGUGUGUUUUCAAAAUCUGCUGGCGUUUCGCAAAUCCCAUACCCAACCUUUAAGCAGGGAGUUCUCGCUUUAAUAAACAAGCAGAACGGGAUAGAUGGCACUGUUGAAUACUGGAGUGGGACUUAAUGAAAACACAGAGUAGCUCCGCCCUGAUUAUUCUAAAUUACCGUCCAAUUUCCCUGGUGCAAUAAGCUUUUCGAGCCGUGUAAUUGAUUUUUUACAAAAUAGUUGCUAUCAGUGCCAGCCAGGAUAGAGUAAAUUAAUAUAAUCGUACAUGAAUAUGUAUGGCAGGCCGCGUUAGUGUCGAGUUUGCUGGUCAAAGCACAAAGUGUUAAUAGGACAAAGUACUUCUGUUCCACUUAUCUUAUCAAUAUAUUUAGCUAAAAGACAUGACAUUUGUUGGAGUUUUGUAUGUUAAUCUUCUCAAUUACUCACCAAGAUUAUAAUACAUUAAUUAUUAGACCCCCUUUGUCUUUCCUUUACCCUCUCCUUCUCUCCCCCCGAAGCAGACAACCCAACAAGACCCACAUUCAUUCAUGUUUUGUGUUUGGUUUUCUUCCAAACAUUUUAACAGUGAAAUAGAAAAUGUAAACAAAGACUUUUUGAACCGGAUUGCUAUCUCAUAAAGGAUUUAGUCAAUACCGGUCCAGAUGUUUUAGGAGGUUAGCGCAGCAUCUGUACCCCAUGUGACUCCUCAGAAGCAGCUCACAAUUAUCCCAUGUUGCACACUACGCUCUCUCUUUCUCUAGCUCUCUCUCCCUGUCUUCUCUCCCUGGUUUGGUUCUUCCUAUCAGGCUGGCGUAGCAGGAGAGUGGACCCCCAGGGAGCCACAUUAACUCAGUGGUCAAUGACACCAUCAUGACAGGGCCCCUCAGCCUCCAACGAGAGAAAGAGAGAGAGAGAGAGAGAGAGAGAGAGAGAGAGAGAGAGAGAGAGAGAGAGAGAGAGAGAGAGAGAGAGAGAGAGAGCCCGAGCGAGAGCGGAAUAGAUAGUGACAGGGGAGAAGCGAGGAAAAUAAUUAAUUAGCUUGAUUUAUUUUUCUCAAAUUCGUAUGAAUCUUUGUAUUUGACAUAAAGAAAAGAGGCAAAAGAGGAGAGGAUAGAUACACAAAAGCCGACAUAGGUUGUGAAUAACAUAAGAGAAGACGAGGCAGAGAGAGCUUGGGGCUAUACCCCGUAUAAAGAAGAGAAUGGGGCAAGAAGGUAUGGAGGAGGAAAGGGAUAGAGGGAUUAGAUAAUAAAUACAAAUAUAAAGACACACACAUUGGUGUUCAAUGUGCAUCUUCUUCUAUGGGAAUAAACAUGAAUGCGCGCCUGGAAGAGAGUUCCAUCCACCACCAUCAAACCAGCAUUUCGGUUGGAACCCAGAACCUUUUAACUAAGCCCACUGGUAGACCGUCAGUCUCCAGCAACAGUGGGAAAUGGUGAUUUAAAGAGUUAUUACCAGCGGAAGGGAUAAAGAAAGAUUUUUAAGCAAUACAAAGUCAGUCUAGUUUUUCCAAGCAUUCUGUGUUUGUUUGUAUCACUGAAAGGGGUCUUUUUCAUAAUAUUUUCUUCCAGUAUGAAAUGCAUUUUCUUCCACCUAACAACAGUUCCCUUUUAAGCUAUUCACAAAUCAGGCACAACCAACUAAUGGUGUAUUUUUCUUGAUUUUAAAAAUAAGUAUUUUUCUUUCUUUCCCCUUUUUUUGUAGAACAAUUUAGCUGAUAGAAACGGUCGCUAAAUGGGGUUAACAGAGGAAAGAAUCCAGUGUUGUUUUUUUAAAUUAAUAUGUAGAACUAUCUAUAAACCUCAACUGUUUCCAUGACUUCAUUUAUUUUCAGAAAGAGCUUAUAAAUUAAGUCAAUGUGUUUUUAGCAUCUGAAGGUUUUUCAGAAUUAUAAUAACUAAUAAUUUGGUCCAACCUUUGAAAUGUCACCUCAUGUGGAAUGUUUUAAUGGACGUUAUAUCAACGGCGUACAGACGGCGUACAUUUUUUUAAAUUUUCAAAUUUUCCAAUGGGCAACAGCACAGAUUUUAAUAUAAACUUUGGACAUUUUCCAAAAGGUUUAUACAUUACUUACGAAGAAAAACAGGCAGACUUAAAGCACGAUAUGGUUGAAACAAGAGGUUGAAACGUGAUCACCAUCUAGCAGAACGGACCGCCAGAAAUUGAACCUUAUAUUCCGUAUGUUUUAAUAAGUUUAUAAUCCCAUGAAAAUAUGAAUGGUUGUGCUUUCAUUAAUUUCAUUAACUUUUUAAAUUGUGAACAUUAUCGCUAUCUUACUUGUAAACUUUGACUAGUUUGACAGAAUAAAUAGAAAUAUUUAAUAACUAAGUGAACCUCAUCUUCAAUCCUUUGACUUAGUUUUAGGGCAUUUAGCAGAAGCUUUUAUCCAAAGCGACUUACAAUAAGUACAUUUGUCAGAAGAAAGAGAAACAAUAUAACAAUUGUACAGUUUUUGGUUGAGACUGAUAUGACAAAAUAUAUUUUUAGUUUUUACCCUGGUUGACACGGGCACUGUUUUAUGCUUAUACUACAUGUUUUGCACAAUUAAAAAUUAAUAACACCCAUUUUUCAACAGUUCUAAAAGCGAUAUUGAACCCUUGGAGAACAUUUUUGAGGGUCAAGUGUUGAGUCGAUGUGGGGGUGUGAUUUACUAUAUAUAUAUAUAUAUAUACACAGACAUGUGAAGCAAAGACUUGUAUUAUGUGUUACUGUUUGUAUGUAAAGUUUAUUUUUACCCUGAAAUGCUAUUUAUUGAGGAUUGUUUAUAAACCCAUGGUUUUUAAGAUUAAAUAUUAAAGACUGUGAAACCAUAA